AUGCUCAAGACAGAGUCAUUUUCCGCCAAAGGCUCGGUGGAAGAGAGGCGCAAGUCUCCGCUUUCAGGAGGCAAAGAGACGGCGGCGGCCUCUGGCAGCGGCUACGCGGAGGCCGGCUUUGGCCCGCAACGCUACUGCGGUCCGCCCAAGGCCAGCACAGAUUCCACCACGACUCGCUCCUUCAUUACGUACAGCCCCGGGGGGAGCAUCUACGCCGCCCCGUCCGGCACGGCCAAAUACCCGACAUCUCUCCACUUGGGUUACCCCCCGAGCGCGGCUCUGCGCGGUCACUUCAGCCCGCCCUACCAGAUGGGCCAGAGCCUCUACCCGCCGUAUAGCGGUUCGGGCCCGGCUCUGGACGGGGCGGGCGCCAGGGCCCACGUCUAUCUGUGCAAGCAGCCUCUGUGGCUCAAGUUUCACCGACACCAGACCGAAAUGAUCAUCACCAAGCAGGGCAGGCGAAUGUUCCCGUUUCUGAGCUUUAACAUGGCCGGUCUAAGCCUGACGGCGCACUACAACGUAUUUGUGGAGGUGGCACUGGCCGAUCCAAACCACUGGAGAUUUCAAGGCGGCAAGUGGGUCACCUGCGGCAAAGCGGACAGCAGCAGUCAAGGGAACAAAUUGUACAUGCACCCAGAAUCUCCCAACACUGGGGCCCACUGGAUGAGACAGGAAACCUCCUUCAGCAAAUUGAAACUCACCAACAACAAAGGAUCAACUCAAAGCACAUCGCAGAUGAUCGUCCUGCUGUCCUUACACAAGUAUCAACCCAGGCUUCACAUCGUGGAGGUGACCGAGAACGGUGUGGAGGAUAUCGACGUUGAUGCAAAGACUCAGACCUUCGUAUUUCCAGAGACCCAAUUCAUAGCCGUCACUGCUUACCAGAACACUGACAUUACACAGCUGAAAAUUGACCACAACCCUUUUGCCAAAGGAUUCAGAGAUAAUUAUGAUUCGAUGUAUACAGCCUCAGACAACGAGCGCCUCACCCCUUCCCCGACGGACUCGCCUCGCGCUCACCAGAUUGUCCCCGGUGCCCGUUACAACGUGCAACCCCUCUUAGGGGACCACCACUUUGUCAGCAACUUUCCACCGAGCCGAUUGUACGACGGCGGCGGCGAGCGAGCCGUGCCUCAAAGCAACGGCCUCCUCUCGGCCGAAGACGGAGCCUCUCAGCGAUGGUUUGUUACUACCCCCGUGCAACACGGGACGAGCGGCCACAAGUACGAGGGCGACUACUGCAGUUCCCUUCUCCCUUACGCUAUGAAAUCGCUUUCCGUGCCGCCGCCGGCGUCCCACCACCACGGCCUGAGUUACUUCCCAGACUCUCCGUUCAGCCAUGACAUGCAUGCAAACGUGUGGGCCCCCCGGGGAGCGAUGACUCCGAGUCUGCCUUGGUCGCCGAGGCCCGGUCUCACUGAUGCGCACUGCGAGAAGGCGAAGGCCCACUUGGAGAAUGAGCCGAGCGGUGCCGCCGGCUCCUGGGCAGAGCCACAGCCGCCUUGUCUUGCGCUCGACAAGAGCGACUCUUACGCGCCAGCUUGCAGCAAGCGAAGGCAUUUGAGCACCAAGGACUCGGCCGUCGACAUGAAAGGUGACGACGCGGCGUGUGUUUCCGCCGGCUCCCUUAGCAAGGACGCGCACUCGUCCAAAGCGAUGGCCGCUUACUAUUCGUUUUACACAGGUUAA